AUGGCCGACGCUCCCGUUACCCUGCGGACGCGCAAGUUCAUCCGCAACCCUCUGCUUGCCCGGAGACAAAUGGUCGUUGACGUCCUCCACCCCAACCGUGCCAACGUCUCCAAGGAUGAGCUCCGCGACAAGCUCGCCGGUCUCUACAAGGCCAACAAGGACGAGGUCUCCGUCUUCGGCUUCCGCACGCAAUACGGUGGUGGCAAGAGCACCGGCUUCGCCCUGGUCUACGACUCCGCUGAGGCCCUGAAGAAGUUCGAGCCUCACUACCGUCUCGUCCGUAUCGGUGCCGCUACCAAGAUCGAGAAGGCCUCCAGACAGCAGCGCAAGCAACGAAAGAACCGUUCCAAGAAGUUCCGCGGUACCGCCAAGACCAAGGGCCCCAAGAAGAGCAAGGACUAA